CAUUGCUACAAGAGGCUGUGAAGUCAACAACUACAAUGAGGGAGGAACAUGAGCGUGCAUGGAAACACUAUGGUUGCACACUCAUGUCUGAUGGAUGGUCUGAUAGGAGGGGACGCCAUCUCAUUAACUUCUUAGUGAACAGCCCAGAGGGCACUUACUUUUUAGAGUCCGUUGAUGCAUCUAGUGAAGUACAUGAUGCAUACAUGCUUGCUGAUUUGCUUGAGAAAAAAGUUGAUGAGAUUGGGAGAGACAAGGUUGUACAAGUUGUUACUGAUAAUGGUGCCAAUUACAAAGCUGCAGGCAAGCUUCUAAUGGAUAGGAUUCCUACAUUAUUUUGGAGUCCAUGUGCUGCACAUUGCUUGGACCUAAUGUUGGAGGACAUAGGAAACUUGAAGGAAUUCAAGAAACCAAUUGCACGUGCAAGGCGUGUGACAACUUUCAUAUACCGACAUGGGAGAAUUCUUGCUGCCAUGAGAGAGAAAACUGGUGGGGCUGAUCUUGUGAGGCCUGCCGCCACUCGUUUUGCUACUUCCUUUCUCACAUUGAAGAGCUUGUACAAGCACAAGGAUGCUUUGAAGGCUUUAUUUGCAAGCACAGCUUGGACUGAUAACAGGUUGUCAAAGACAAGUGCUGGAUUGGAUGUGUAUAACAUUGUCUUCUCCACACAGUUUUGGAAUUCAGUAGAAGAUUGCCUUAGAGCUUCAGGGCCACUACUUAUUGUACUUAGGGUGGUAGAUGGAGAUGAGAGGCCAGCUAUGCCAGAGGUCCAAGCAUUGAUGAAAUGUGCAAAGGAAAAGAUCAAUCAAAGCUUUGCUGUCCAAAGCAAGAAGAAUUUACUCAAGAAAAUCAUAACUAUAAUUGAACGACGUUGGGAGAAACAGAUGGAUCACCCAUUGUAUGGGUCUGCAAUGUAUUUGAACCCAGGAAAGCUGCAUCCUCUCAUAAGAAAUGAUGAUGAUGCUACUGUUGGUCAGCUAAGAGGUUGCUUUCUUGAUGUGCUUGCAAGAAUGGUAGAUGAUGAGGAAACUAGAGACAAGAUCAAUUCUCAAGCAAUGGAUUACGAGUUUCUUAGAGGAGCAGCUUUUUCAAAUAAGAUGGCCAAAGAUAACCUACAAACUAUGACCCCACGUAAGUGUUUGUGGCUGUUACUAGUUUACUACUUACUAGUUGUUGCUAGUAGCUUGCUAAAUUGUUGUGAUGUUAUUGCAGUUGAGUGGUGGCGUUCGUAUGGUGGUCGUGCUAUUGAGUUACAGAGAUUUGCUAGACGUUUGGUGAGUCUUUGUGCGUCUUCAUCAGGUUGUGAACGCAAUUGGAGUACCUUUGAAUUUAUCCAUACAAAGAAAAGAAAUCGAUUGUUACAUAAGAGGUUGAAUUCUAUUGUCUUCAUUUCCUACAACAGAAAGAUGAAGGCUAGGUUCCAAAAACUACGCCAGAAGAAGGGGAAAAACUUUGAUCCAUUGGUUCAUGAGGACUUCAACUGGGACAAUGAGUGGGCUGAUUCUUUGCAUGUAGUCCCUGAAGGUGGGCGUGGGUGUGAGUGUGACCUUACAUGGGACCUUGUGGAUAAUGCCAUUGGAGCAUCACAAGCACUUCGUGGCCGAAACUUACCAAGAAGGGCCCAUAAUGUGUAUUCAAGAAGAAAUUCUGUUGCUGCACAAAAUAUGUCAGAGGCUGAAGAGGAAGAUGAAGAUGAAGAAGAUGUUCCACAUGAUGAUGCAGAAAUCACAGAUUGUGAAGAUGAAUCUAAUGGUGGCAAUGAUGGUGAAGAAGGGGAGGCACCCAAUAUCCCAGGAGAGUUUGAUGAUGAUUUUUGAGCGACGGGAGAGUAGCUAUUGCUAGAUUGCAUUAGCAUAUUUGCUGCAUUACUAACUGCAGCUAGUUACUAUUAAUUAUGCCAUUACAAACUAUUUAUGUGGCUAUUUCAGAUUUGGUAUUGUGCUGUUUUAAAUUUUGUGACGUGCU